UGGCCGAGGCUUGCGGCUCAGGGGAUCCGGUUGGUGUCACUCGUCCAGUAUCGCGAGUCAGCAGCCGAGAAUGAGGCUCGCCAUCUGCGCCCUGCUGUGCUCAGGGGCCCUGGGGCUGUGUCUGGCUGUCCCCGACAAAACGGUGAGAUGGUGCACCAUCUCAAGUCAGGAGGCCAGCAAGUGCUCCAGUUUCCGUGACAGUAUGAAAAAAGUCCUUCCUGAGACGGGCCCUCUUGUCACCUGUGUGAAGAAAAGCUCCUCCCUUGAGUGCAUCAAGGCCAUCGCGGCAAAUGAAGCCGAUGCUGUGACGUUGGAUGCAAGUUUGGUGUUUGAGGCUGGCCUGGCUCCCUACAACCUAAAGCCUGUAGUGGCAGAGAACUAUGGGACAAAAGAAAAUCCCGAAACCCGCUAUUAUGCCGUGGCCUUGGUGAAGAAGGGCAGCAACUUCCAGCUGAACCAGCUCCAAGGCAGGAAGUCCUGCCACACAGGCCUUCACAGAUCCUCUGGCUGGAACAUCCCCAUCGGCACACUAUACUGGCAAUUGCCUGAGCCACGUGAACCUCUUGAGAAAGCAGUGGCCAACUUCUUCGCGGGCAGCUGUGUCCCAUGUGCAGAUCAGACGGCCUUCCCCAAACUGUGUCAACUGUGUGUGGGGAAAGGGACAGACAAGUGUGCCUGCUCCACCCAGGAACCAUACUUUGGCCCCGCCGGUGCCGUCAAGUGUCUGCAAGAUGGUGCGGGGGAUGUGGGCUUCAUGAGGCACGUGACGGUGUUAGAGAACCUGCCACACCAGGCUGACAGGGACCAGUAUGAGCUGCUCUGCAAGGACAACACCCGGAAGCCAGUGGACAAAUACGAGGAGUGCCACCUGUCCAGCGUCCCUUCCAAUGCUGUGGUGGCCCGAAGUGUGGGUGGCAAGGAGGACCUGAUCUGGGAGCUUCUCAGCCAGGCCCAGGAAAAUUUUGGAAAGGAGAAGUCAGCAGGAUUCCAGCUCUUUGGCUCUCCUCACGGGAAGGACCUGAUGUUUACAGAUGCCGCUCAUGGCUUUUUAAGAGUCCCACCUAAGAUGGAUGCCAAGCUGUACCUGGGAUACAAGUAUUUUGCUGCCACUCAGCAUCUAAGGGGAGGUGCGGAAGAGCCCCAGAGGGUGCAGUGGUGCGCAGUGGGCCCCCAAGAGAGGGCCAAGUGUGACAACUGGAGUGCCGUGAGCGGUGGUGCCUUAAGGUGUACCUCGGAGGAGAGCGUGGAGGACUGCAUCGCUGCCGUUGCCAAAGGAGAAGCUGACGCCAUGAGCUUAGAUGGAGGAUUUAUCUACACAGCGGGCAAGUGUGGUCUGGUGCCUGUCCUGGCCGAGAACUACAUGCCUAGCGAUGGCAGCAGGGAGCUUGGGUCUAAGUGUGUGAAAACACCCGUGGAAGGUUACUACGUUGUGGCAGUGGUAAAGAAAUCAGAUGCCGACCUCACCUGGAAUUCUCUUCGAGGCAAGAAGUCCUGCCAUACUGCAGUGGGCACUUCUGCCGGCUGGAACAUCCCCAUGGGUUUAAUAUACAACCAAACCGGGUCCUGUAAAUUUGAUGAAUUCUUCAGUCAGAGCUGUGCCCCUGGUUCUGAUCCAGAGUCCAGCCUGUGUGCUCUGUGCGGCGGAGGCAGCAACCCAGCCCACACGUGUGCUCCCCUCAGCCAGGAGCGGUACUACGGCUCCAGUGGGGCGUUCAGGUGUCUGGUUGAGAAGGGAGACGUGGCCUUUGUGAAGCACCCCACGGUCCUGCAGAACACUGACGGAAAGAACCCCGAAGAUUGGGCUAACAAUCUGAAGAAGGAAGACUUUCAGCUGCUGUGCCUCGAUGGCACUAGGAAGCCAGUGACUGAGCCUCAGAACUGCCACCUAGGCAGAGGCCCAAAUCAUGCUGUGGUGUCAAGGGAAGAUAAGGCAGAUUUUGUUCGCAGAAUGCUCUUCAACCAACAGGAGCUCUUUGGAAGAAAUGGGUUCGAAUAUAUGAUGUUCCAGUUGUUCAAAUCUUCAGCCAAGGACCUGCUUUUCAGUGAUGACACGGAAUGUUUGGCUAACCUUCAGGACAAAACAACUUAUCAAAAAUACUUAGGGCCAGAGUAUCUUAUGGAUAUUGCUAAAGUGAGGCAAUGCUUACCCUCUGAACUUCUCAACGCCUGCACAUUCCAUGGAAAUUAAAAACUAAUCAAAGUUGGGCAACUGCAGAGAUGCUCAGAGCCUGCAAAUAUGGUGGGGCCACAUUGUCACUUGUCUGCAUGUGGGUCUGUGUUAUUAUCAGUGAUCUUCAUCAUUAUGUGCUAUAACUGAUGCAAAAAUUGAAAUGAAUAAAAAUUAUUGUGUCUUCUCAGAAAA